UGUUUGAUUAGUCGCAUAUAUAUAGAAACUGAUCAACCCUACUUAGAUUCUUACAAUUUGCAAAACUGAUGUCUGGUUUCAAAUUACAGAAAUCUGUGUUGCAAUUGAGUGUUCACGAGGAAAGAAUCAGGAAGAAAGUGUGGGCGACCGUUUCUAAAUUUUCAGGGGUUACUUCGAUAGCAAUGGAUGAUAAAACCGGGAAAAUGACGGUAGUUGGUGAAGUUGAUGUACCGGUUAUCGUAAAGAAGCUAAGGAAGAUAUGUAAUGCAGAGCUUGUUACGGUUGAAGUUGUUAAACCACCUGAGAAAAAGCCAGAACCAGAGAAACCGACUCCAGCUAAAUCGGCCGAAAUUGUUGCCUUUCCUGUUACGCAUUUUAGCUACCCGUACCAAUAUCAUUCGUCCUAUGCUAAUUCUUACUAUCAACCAUGCGAUAAUUACAGAGUUGUGGUGGAGGAACCAAAUACUUGUGUGAUUAUGUUACACUUCAUUUUAGUCUAUGGAACUAUUAAUUUUGAUGGAAGAAUGUAUUUUUGGGUUACUGUGAUAUAAAUUUCUUGUAAUGAGCUUAAAUUGAAGGAAAAAUGAAUUAUUUUUUUUUUCUUAGAAA